AUGGCUCGAAUUACCCCCUUCCCCCAUAUUGUUAGCAUCUUUCUCUUCUCAUUACUUGCUAAGCUUGCCCAUGGAGCGGCUUUGAUCCCAAGAGCAGACGGUGAUGACUGGAAAUACCUGGGAUGCUACACCGACCAGGUGGGAGCAAGAACUCUCGGCCAGAUCGGGUACACCAUCGGUGGCCCCGGGAAUAUGACCGUUGCCAAUUGCCAAAACGGAUGUGCCUCCCAGGGAUACCCGCUGGCCGGUGUUGAGUACAGCAGUGAGUGCUGGUGUGACAGCCAGCUGCGUAGCGGCGGUGGCCCGGCUCCUGAUGGAGAGGCAAUGUGCUCGAUGCCUUGCAAUGGCAACCCUGGUGAGAAAUGCGGAGGUCCAGGCAGGCUGAACCUAUAUCAAAACUCCGCCAUCGUGCCAACUAACACCAUGACGGCCUCGACUCCCUCGACCGAGACCGGAUCGCCAACUGCUACAUCUGACCCUGAACCACCUCAGGGACUGCCAGACGGCUGGCAGUAUGCCGGUUGCUACGAGGACAACGUCAACGGAGGUCGUGUUAUGGGCAAGCUGCUCCCUGAUAGCUCAACUCUCACAAUCGAAUCAUGUAUUGCCAGUUGUAUCAAGCUUGGGUACACUGUUGCUGGAGCUGAGUACUCCAGGCAGUGCUUCUGUGACAACUUCCUUCGGAAUGCCGCUCCAAAGGCAGUGGAAUCCCAGUGCUCUAUGACCUGCAGCGGUAACACUCAGCAGAAGUGUGGUGGCCCUAGCCGAUUAAGCGUCUAUUCCAAGGGCAACUUGACCGUUCUCCCUAUUCCUGUUCCCCAGACUGGAGGCCUCCCCGGUGGCUGGAAGUAUCAAGGAUGUCUCCAGGACAAUGUCAAUAUGAAGAGAACGUUCCCAUACCAGAUUGUCGACAAGACGAACAACACUGCCACCAACUGCCUUAGCCGUUGCUCUAAAUUUGGAUUCGGGGCGGGUGGCAUGACAUACUCGGAAGAAUGCUUCUGCGGAGAUUUCGAGGAUAUUGCUGCUGCCGGAGCCAAACUUGUGCCCGAGGCCAUGUGCAGCCAGACUUGCUCUGGCAAUGCAACCGCCAUCUGCGGUGCUGGCAACCUGAUAACAUACUACAAGUGGAUGAAUGAACCUCUGCAGAAAUGGAGCCGUCCAACUGGGAACAAUGCCGGCCGCUAUGAGUUCCUCAUCGGCGGAGUGCUCGUCCCUCUUAUCACAACUGUCGGUAUCAACGGCAAGAUCACGUUCCAGGAAAAAUCCGGAACUGGCGAUCCAAAUACUACUGGAGCAUACGAAUUUGACCCUUUCUACGAGAAAGAUUUUAGCAAGGCAUGGCGCCCAAUGCAUGUCAAGACUGAUAUCUUCUGUGCUGGAGGACUUGUCCUUCCAGACAAGGUUGGCAGACAGCUGACUGUUGGCGGCUGGUCUGGCAUAUCAACCGAGGGCGUCAGACUUUACUGGCCUGAUGGCUCUCCUGGAAAGCCCAGUGUGAAUGACUGGCAUGAAAGCCCAGACGACCUAAGAUUGCAAAACGGCCGAUGGUAUCCCACUGCCAUGACGAUGUCCAACGGCUCCAUUCUCGUUGUUGGAGGAGAGGAAGGAUCAAAUGGUGCACCCGUACCGACCCUAGAGAUUCUUCCCCGAGUUGGCCCCGUCUUGUUUAUGGAAUGGCUCCAGAGAACUGACCCAAACAACCUUUACCCUUACCUCACCCCUCUCCCCAGCGGUAAUAUCCUAGCCGCGUACUACAAUGAGGCAAGAAUCUUGGACGAGAGGACUUUUGAUACCGUCCGAACUCUGCCAAAUAUCCCAGGAGCUGUCAACAACGAUGCUGGCGGCCGCACGUAUCCCCUAGAGGGUACUAUGGUGCUUUUGCCCCAGAAAGCCCCCUACAACGACCCACUUGGUGUCUUGAUUUGCGGUGGCUCUACACCUUACGGCGGUGACGCAUUGGAUAACUGUGUUUCCAUCCAGCCAGAAGUACCAAAUGCUCAAUGGGUGAUAGAAAGAAUGCCUUCUAAACGAGUUCUCACCUGUAUGGCUGGUCUUCCUGACGGAACAUUCCUGAUCUUAAACGGAGCAAGGAAGGGAGUUGCUGGCUUUGGCCUAGCUGAAGACCCUAACCUCGGAGCCGUUCUAUACGACCCUUCAAAGCCAGUCAACCAGCGUAUGAGCAUCAUGGCAAACACCACUAUUGCCCGCAUGUACCACUCAGAGGCAAUUCUAAUGGCAGAUGGCCGUGUCCUGGUCACCGGCUCAGAUCCACAGGAUCCUCGAUUCCCCCAGGAACGCCGCGUUGAGGUUUUCCUCCCCCCAUACAUCCUAUCAGGAGCGCGCCGCCCGACCUUUACUAUUACCAACAAGGACUGGGCCUAUGGCGGGAAAUACACCAUUAAGAUCACAUCUGGCAACCUGUCGAGAAUCAAGAUAUCGUUGAUGGGCAUGGUUUCUAGCACCCAUGGCAACAGCUUUGGCUCCCGAACUAUCUUCCCUGCAUUUUCUUGCAAUUACAGUACCUGCACCAUCACGGCACCACCGGAUAGCCACACAAGCCCGCCAGGAUGGUUCAUGUUAUUCGUACUUGAUGGCCCAACGCCUUCCGUGGCCUCCUUUGUCCGAAUUGGUGGAGACCCUGGCCGACUGGGAGACUGGCCUGCAACUGGUGGCUUCCCACUUCCGGGAGUUUAG